CUCUGUUCCUCUAAACUGAAGACUCGCAGAAGCAGCCUGGAUCUCCAGAAGCUCUCUCCCCAUCCCUCUGGACCCAGGAUUCUUACCACAGGGCUUUGUUCCAGUUUCUAGAAAAGGAAACGAUGGAGUCCCAGGGCUCGGAGGUGCGCUUGAGCCGGGUCCAGCUCAACAUGGAGGGCGCUCUGACGGCACGAGACCGGGUCGGGAUCCAGGACUUCGUGCUGCUCGACUCCUACACCAGCGAGUCAGCCUUCCUGGACAACCUGAGGAAACGCUUCCGAGAGAACCUCAUCUACACGUACAUAGGCACCCUGCUGGUCUCCGUUAACCCCUACAAGGACCUGGAGAUCUACACCCCCAAACAGAUGGAAAUCUACAUGGGGGUCAACUUCUUUGAGCUGCCUCCCCACCUCUAUGCCCUGGCUGACAAUGCCUACCGCACCAUGCUGACGGAGUACAACAACCACUUCAUCCUGAUCUCUGGGGAGAGCGGGGCGGGCAAGACCGAGGCCUCUAAGAAGAUCCUGCAGUACUACGCUGUGACCUGCCCCUGCACAGAACAGCUCCAGACUGUGCGGGACCGCCUGCUGCUGUCCAACCCUGUCCUCGAGGCUUUUGGGAAUGCCAAGACUCUGCGGAAUGACAACUCCAGCCGCUUCGGGAAGUACAUGGACAUCCAGUUUGAUUUCAAGGGGGCGGCAGUGGGUGGACACAUCUUGAGCUACCUGCUGGAGAAGUCGCGCGUCGUCCACCAGAACCACGGAGAGAGGAACUUCCACAUCUUCUACCAGCUGGUGGAGGGGGGCGAAGAGGAGCUGCUGCGCUGGCUGGGGCUGGAGCGCAACUGCCAGCACUACAGCUACCUGGUGCAGGGUGAAUGUGCCAAAGUGAGCUCCAUCAACGACAAGAGUAACUGGAGGACAGUGCGUAAAGCCCUCUCCGUCAUUGACUUCAACGAAAACGACAUUGAGCACCUUUUUGGGAUCAUUGCCAGUGUCCUUCACCUGGGAAACAUUCAGUACGAUGCAGACAAUAAGGGAUCCGCCGUUAUUGGUAACAACGCAGAGGUGCGGUGGAUUUCAAAGUUGUUGGGGGUGUCGGUGUUGGUGCUACAGGAAGCUCUCACUCACAGGAAGAUAGAAACCAGGGCAGAGGAGGUUCUAAGCCCUUUGAAUGUAGAUCAGGCCUACUAUGCCAGAGACGCUUUGGCCAAAGCAAUCUAUGGACGGACGUUUACGUGGCUGGUCAACAAGAUCAAUGAGUCUCUGGCGAACCAGGAUCCCAGCAGGAAGACAGUGAUAGGGUUGCUUGACAUUUAUGGCUUUGAAGUGUUCUAUAUAAACAGUUUCGAACAGUUCUGUAUAAACUACUGCAACGAGAAGCUGCAGCAGCUCUUCAUCCAGCUCACCCUGAAGUCAGAGCAAGAGGAGUAUGAGACGGAGGGCAUCGAGUGGGAGCCAGUGCAGUACUUCAACAACAAGAUCAUCUGUGACCUGGUGGAGGAGAAAUACAGAGGCAUCAUCUCAGUCCUGGACGAGGAGUGCCUGAGACUGGGGGGGGCCACGGACCUGACAUUCCUGGAGAAGCUGGAGGAGACGGUGGGGAAUCACCCCCACUUCGUGACGCACAAGCUGGCGAAUCAGAAGACACGCAAGACCCUAGAGCGAGGAGACUUCAGGCUGCUACACUACGCUGGGGAGGUCACCUACUGCGUCAUUGGAUUUCUGGACAAAAACAACGAUCUCUUGUACAGAAAUAUCAAAGAGGUGAUGUGCAAAUCCCGCAAUCUCAUCGUCAAGCAGUGCUUUAUGCCCUCGGAGCUGGACAGCAGGAAGAGACCCGAGACGGUUGCCACCCAGUUCAAGAGCAGCUUGGUGGGGCUGAUUAAAAUCCUCACGGCCAAGGAGCCCUCCUACGUGCGGUGUCUGAAACCCAACGAUGGCAAGCAGGCAGGACGGUUUGAUGACGUGCUGGUUCGGCACCAGGUGAAGUAUCUGGGUCUGAUGGAACACCUGCGGGUCAGACGGGCUGGCUUUGCAUACCGGCGGCGGUACGAGAUCUUUCUGCAGAGGUACAAGUCUCUGUGCCCCGAUACCUGGCCGCACUGGCGAGGCCCGCCUGCAGAGGGCAUCGAGAGGCUGGUCAAGUACAUUGGCUACAAACCAGACGAGUACAAGCUGGGCAGAACGAAGAUAUUUAUCCGAUACCCCAGGACGCUUUUCGCCACCGAAGAUGCAUUUCAGAUCUGCAAGAAUGAGCUGGCCACGAAGAUUCAAGCCAAGUAUAAAGGGUACAGGGUGAAGGGGGAGUACCACAAGCAGAAACAAGCAGCCAUCAAGAUCGAGACGUGUUUUAGAGGAGUGCUGGCCAGGAGGAACCGCAAGAAGAGGGAGUGGGCCGUCAUCACCAUUAAAAAGUUUAUAAAAGGUUUCAUGUACAGGAACCAGCCUCUCUGUGAUGAGAACGCGGAGUAUUUAAACUUCGUGCGAUACAACUACCUGACGAGACUGAGAGAGCACCUCCCCAAACACGUCCUGGACAAGACCUGGCUCAAGCCUCCGGCCGUCAUGGAGACGACCUCAGAGAUGCUGCGUAAGAUCUGCUAUCGAACCAUGGUCCGGAGGUACGUCAGGGGGGUCAGCGCCCCGCGCAAAGCACAGCUGCAGCUGAAAGUGGUGACCAGCGCAAUAUUUAAAGGGAAGAAAGAGGGCUAUCCACAGACAGUGCCCAAACCUUUCAUUGACACCAGACUCAGUGAACAGGAAAUAAACAUGAAGGUUUUGCAGAUGAUUCGAAACGAGAGGAUCAAGUACGGCACUCCGGUAGUGAAGUAUGACAGGAACGGGUACAAGCCCCGGCCGCGGCAGCUCGUUCUCACCCAGGGGGCAGCGUACAUGGUAGAGGAAGCCAAGAUCAAACAGCGAGUGGAGUACGCCACACUGAAGGGUGUGUCUGUCAGCAGUCUGAGUGACGGGGUGUUCGUAAUUCACGUCCCUUGCGAGGAAAACAAACAGAAAGGCGAUGUGAUCCUGCAGUGUGAUCACGUGUUUGAGACUGUGACAAAGCUGUGUGUGUUGGCCAACAAACAAAACUCCGUAAAGGUAGUUCAGGGCAGCAUGAAGUUCACCAUCCAGCCUGGGAAGGAAGGCAUUAUUGACUUCAGCACUGGGCAGGAGCCAAUGGUCUACAAGGCAAAGAAUGGGCAUCUGAUGGUGGUAUCUCCAAGAACAAAGUCUCGAUGACCUGUUAUGAGUCUGCUUUUCUGAACAUAUCUUGGACUGAGUGUACAGAGGUGCUGCGUGUUAUACACUCUGUGUUCUUCUCUCUAUGCUUUCAUUCUUACAGAGUACAAAUAAGCAGUGCUUUUAGAACAGGAGUCCUUAAUUGGCAUCAUCUCUUAUUCCGUUAAAAUAAAACGGCCCACCCCUAUAGAAAACAGUGGGAGAGCAGCGUCUGAUUGUUGUAUAAUUGAAGAUAUAAAAUAGGACAACUAUUAGUACUCUGUAUGUAUACCACAAAACACAGAAUGCAUUGCAACAAUUACUUAAAAUUAAAAAUAAGGGCUGUACCAAAAAUAGAUACUUUUUAAAACCAAUUAGUGCAUUUGGCACUGCCUUCUACACAGCUACGCUGUUAAUAUUGUCUGAACUUUAAAUACCAGUACCUGCUUGAACCUACAGCUUUCUGCAGUGCAUCCCAGAACGGUCUGAAUUGGAGGUGUAGAAGAUUAUUGUGAACUAGCUCACUGUUUUAAUUAGCUGGUGCUGAUUUCUGCUGUUCUUAAGUUUUCCUCCUGUAUGUGGCCAGAAGAGACUCAUUCCACAAGCUUGCCUGAAUUACUUUGUUGGACAUUGCUCA